AAACAAUUAAUUAAAUAAAUAAAUUAAUAAAAAGUUUAAAAAAUGAAAUACUUAGUUCUCUUCUUAUUUGCUUUAUUAGCAGUUGCUAAUGUCUCAGCUUACCAAUGUGGUAGAUAUCAAUGUGCUCCAGGUCACUCAUGUAUCUGUGAUGCCGGUGUUUUCAGAUGUGUUUACAGAUGUGAAGAAUUAACUAUCAUUCAAACUGUUACCAAUCAUUGGGUUGACGGUGAACAACACCCAUCAGUUCAAGUAUCUGUUGAAAUUAUUAACCACACUAGCCGUACUGUUAAAGAUAUAAUCAUUGCCACUGAUGUUAGUUUAAAUUCAAAUCAAAUGUGGGGUGUUGAAAAAUGUGAAUUAAUUGAAGGUCUUACAUUAAUUGACUUACCAUCAUAUGUUGAAAUUGCCCCAGGUAAAUCACACACCUUCGGCUACAUUGCCAAAGGUAACACUAGUGCCCACUUAUGGCCACAACGUGUUUACAUCAUGUAAAUUGAUAGUUUACAUUUUUAAAAUAUAAAAAAAAAAAAAAAAAUUUUAAAUAAAGUCAAAUUCCUUUUUUAUAUAUAAGAUUUUAAAAUUAAAUAU